ACGCGGGAUCUGCCACACGCACAGUCUGGGUUUAAUUAGAAACUAAAAGAGAUGGAAGGGGAUGUUCGCGGCCCCUCCCUUGACUCUGAAAAGGACCCCCAGGGAGGGUGUGACUCUCUCUAGCGACGCCUCCCGCCAUCUCCGAUACUGCUCCGGGAUGGGACAACGAGGUCGGACCGAGAAGGCGGCGCGGGGAUGGCGGCGCUGGGAUCCCGGGACAGGGUGCCAGGCUCGCUGUUUGUGACACGUAGACGCCCUCCCCGCCGCGGUACAGCCUCGGAACCUGGACGUCCUCCUGGCCGGAAAGUUUGGGGCUGGGCGCCAUGGCCAAGAGCAGCUCCCUGAAUGUCCGUGUCGUGGAGGGCCGGGCGCUGCCCGCCAAGGACGUGUCUGGGAGCAGUGACCCCUACUGCAUAGUGAAAGUGGACGACGAAGUGGUGGCCAGGACAGCAACCAUCUGGCGAAGCCUGAGCCCCUUCUGGGGGGAGGAGUACACAGUGCACCUGCCCCUGGAUUUCCACCAUCUGGCCUUCUAUGUGCUGGACGAGGAUACCGUGGGGCACGACGACAUCAUAGGCAAGAUCUCACUGAGCAGGGAGGCCAUUACAGCUGACCCCCGAGGAAUUGAUAGCUGGAUCAACCUGAGCCAUGUGGACCCUGAUGCAGAGGUGCAGGGUGAGAUCUGCCUGGCCGUGCAGAUGCUGGAGGAUGUGAGGGGCCGUUGUCUUCGCUGUCACGUGCUCCAGGCCAGGGACCUGGCCCCCCGAGACAUCUCCGGCACAUCUGACCCAUUUGCACGUGUGUUUUGGGGCAGCCAGAGCUUGGAGACUUCGACCAUCAAGAAGACUCGCUUCCCACACUGGGAUGAGGUGCUGGAGCUGCGGGAGAUGCCAGGUCCCCCAUCCCCGCUGCGGGUGGAGCUCUGGGACUGGGACAUGGUUGGCAAGAAUGACUUCUUGGGCAUGGUGGAGUUCCCCCCGCAGGUCCUACAGCAGAAUCCGCCCAAUGGCUGGUUCCACCUCCUGCCCUUUCCCAGAGCGGAGGAGGAUUCUGGGGGGAGCCUGGGUGCUCUUCGGCUGAAGGUGCGCCUGACCGAGGACCGCGUCCUGCCCUCCCAGUACUACCAGCCACUCAGGGAGUUGCUCAUGGAGUCUGUGCUGGGGCCGGCAGAGGAAGAUGCUGCCAGCCCCCUGGCUGUCCUGGAGGAGCUGACCUCGGGGGACUGCCGCCAGGAGCUUGCCACCAAGCUGGUGAAGCUCUUUCUUGGCCAGGGCCUGGCUGGGCCCUUUCUGGACUAUCUCACCCGGCGUGAGGUGGCACGGACCACUGACCCCAACACCCUCUUCCGUUCUAACUCCCUGGCAUCCAAGUCAAUGGAACAGUUUCUGAAGCUCGUGGGCAUGCCCUACCUGCACGAGGUCCUGAGGCCGGUGAUUAACCGCGUCUUCGAGGAGAAGAAGUACAUGGAGCUGGACCCGUGCAAGAUGGACCUGGGCCGCACCAGGAGAAUCUCCUUCAAGGGUGUGCCCUCCGAGGAGCACGUGCGGGAGGCCAGCCUGGGACUGCUGACGGGCUACCUGGGGCCCAUCGUGGAUACCAUUGUGGGCUCCGUGGGGCGCUGCCCGCCCGCCAUCCGUCUCGCCUUCAAGCAGCUGCGCCAGUGCGUGGAGGAGCGCUUUCCCCAGGCAGAGCACAAGGAUGUGAAGAACCUGGCCAUAAGUGGCUUUCUCUUCCUGCGAUUCUUCGCUCCUGCCAUCCUCACCCCGAAGCUGUUUGACCUUCGGGACCAGCACGCAGAUCCCCAGACCAGACGCUCACUGCUGCUGCUUGCCAAGGCUGUGCAGAGCAUUGGAAACCUGGGCCAGCAGCUGGGCCAGGGCAAGGAGCUGUGGAUGGCCCCCCUACACCCCUUCCUGCUGCAGAGUAUUUCGCGUGUGAGAGACUUCCUGGACCAGCUGGUGGAUGUGGAUGGGAAGGAGGAGCCUGGGGGCCCAGCCAGGGCCCUGGUCCCGCCCUCGGUGACCGUUCGAGAAGGCUACCUGCUCAAGCGCAAGGAAGAGCCCGCCGGCCUGGCCACACGCUUUGCGUUCAAGAAGCGCUACUUCCGGCUCAGCGGGGAGAUGCUCUCCUACUCUAGGAGUCCUGAGUGUCAGCGCUGUGUCGGGAUUGCGAUGGUGGAAACUGCUGUCCAGAGACGUUGUCACUUAGAGAGUGAUGGGCCGGGACUGCAGGACUCACGGAACUGCCAAGUGGACACGCACAUAGCACAGAUGCGCGGGGUGAAUGUCCCCACGCCAAGGCACACACCCACAGGAAAGCUGUCCCUGGGCACAGCCACGCCAGCCCCAGCCCCCGGCCGGCCCGGCAGCGACAGUCCUCUCUCACAGACGCGAUCCUCCAUGCCGGUGUCGCACAUCCGCGCCGUGGAGCGCGUGGACGAGGGCGCCUUCCAGCUGCCGCACGUGAUGCAGGUGGUGACGCAGGACGGCGCGGGAGCGCUGCACACCACCUACCUCCAGUGCAAGAACGUGAACGAGCUCAACCAGUGGCUAUCGGCCCUGCGCAAGGCCAGCGCCCCCAAUCCGGACAAGCUGGCCGCUUGGCACCCCGGUGCGUUCCGCAGCGCGCACUGGACCUGCUGCCUCCAGGCCGAGCGCUCAGCUGCCGGUUGCAGCCGCACACACUCAGCCGUCACCCUGGGGGACUGGAGUGACCCGCUGGAUCCCGACGCUGAGACCCAAAUGGUGUAUCGGCAGUUGCUUCUAGGGCGGGACCGGCUCAGGAUGAAAUUCCUGGAGGAUUCCACCCUGGAUACGACUCCCGAGGCAGACACAGAGAAGGGCUCCAGUGCCACGGAAGGGGCCUGUCCUGCUGCCCUGGCUCACCAGAGAGAGGCAGCUGCCCGUCUGCUGGAGGUGCUCGCAGACCUGAAUCAAGCCCACGAGGAGUUCCAGCCUCAGGAGCAGCGGAAGGUGGCCCCGGGCCCCCUGAGGCCCUGAGGACACGCCAGAGCCAGCCUGAAAGGAGGCGAAAGGAGCUGGUGGGCCCUUCUCAGCGUCCCCUGGCCCAGGAGUCUCCUCGUGGCUGUCUGGUACCUCGUGGCUGCUGUGGCUUGCAGGCUCCUGGAGAAAUCCUAAUCCCAUGUGUCCUAAGCUGAGAACCCAGGCAUGGAAACCCUUUGGCAGGGGACCAUCCUUGCACUGAAUGAGUCUUACCCUCUGGGUUGAGGCACUCUGGAGUGGAUGGAAUAAGGAACCUGACCCACUUGUCUCAGCCUGAGGUUUCUGCUUCACAGGACUGGCCUCUGCCCACACUGACAUGGCCAGCCUGGCCCUGAGCUGCUGGAUACGGCUGUACCUGAAUCCCUGAUGCCCAUGUGGCCUUGUUGGCCCAGAUAGGCACUAAACAGGCUCAGCCCUUCUGUUUUCAUGUCUGCCAAUCCCUGUAGCCACAUUGAUCCUCCUGAACCCUGUCCUUGGCCGAGAAUCCUAACCACAAGCCUCCAGAAUCAGGUGCCCUUGGGAAUAACUGAGGCCGAGAGCCCAGCGUGCGUGACUCAGACCCUUGGGAGACUUUGGACCAGGCUCUUUCCCUCUCUUUGAGCCUCAGUUUACCCUGUAUAAAAUGAGGAGGGAGUGAGUCUAGAUGUGUGGUUUUCAAAAUGGGUUCCAUGGGGAUAGUGUGGGAGCCAGGGAGGGAUUUCUCAGACUGUGGUUCAAAGCCCACCCUCAGGUUGUCUGCUAGAAAUGCAGAUUCCUGGGACCGCCCCCAGAUCUUCUGAAUCAGCAUCUGAGGGAGCGUGAGGGCAGGAAUCAGGGUUUGAAACAAGUUCCACAGGUGAUGUGGUUGCACAUGAGAUUUGAGGACCAUGGGGCUGGGUGGUUUUGUAUAUUGAGGUGAGAUUUUGUUUGAGAAUUAAUCACAGAAGGUAAAGUGUUUGGGAACACCCAACUGGCAGAAUUGGAAGGGCCUCCAAAGACUCAUUUCCAGUUUUGUGUGACUAGAGGGUAGGACAGAAACCUAAGCCUAUCUGGCUGGGGGAGUGGGGUGUGGUGGCGGUAACAUGGACCAGAUGCAGUGCUAUCCUGAGCGUGGCCGGAAGGGGUCGCCUGGAGCCGUGGCGUCCACCACAGCUUCCUAGCAUCCUGGGAUGUUGCAGAGACUGACAGGAGACUUGCUGCAGAUCCCGGGAUACGUCCCUGUCUCUCUCUAGACAGAACCUGGUCCUCCUCCCUGAGGGCAGAGGCUGGGGCGCUGAGGUUCCAACGAGCCGAUCACGGCGUCUCCCAGCUCCUCCAUAUUUUCCAGGAGGCUGGCAGCUCCCAGCCUGAGUUCCUGGUUCCUAGUAAUUGUACCAGGGAGCAGCUGUGCGCGUGCUUGAGAGCAGAGCUUUCACCUGUGCCCUCUUGGGGACUAGGAUUGGGAGGGUCUGCCUCUGCCACCAUCACACCCCCUGCCUGCCCCAGGACAAGAGAAGUAUGGGGACCCUCCAUCUCCAGCUGCCCAAGGCUGACGGGGCAAUGGUCCUGGGUCAUUUUGUUGCAAGCGCCCCCAUGGGAUGGACCGAAAGCCCCCAGAAACAGAGCCACGCACACCCCUUCUUGACAGGAAAAGACCCAGCGGAGGAGGAGAAAGACCAUUUAUUUCUCCGCCCACAGUGGGACUGGUAGAUUUUCAAAAGAGCAGUCACUGGCGUCCCUUUAAAUCUUGGCUGACUUCCGCCGUGGCAGCCAAUCAACAGAGGCAGAGCUGGUGAGUUGCCUGGGCAACAGGCCCCUGGUUGGCCGAGACCAUCAGCCGCCCCGCUGCCCACUUCCAAGGAAAGGGAAAUGGACUCUUUGCUGUCCGGUCUGCUUUUUAAACCUGCUGGCCUAAGCCAGGCCCUCCUUGUCUCACUCCUGAAGCCAGAUGCUCCAGCCUUUGGAUCUUGACAUUGGGAGCGAUUUGGUGGAGAGAAUGGGGUGGGGAGGAAAGGAAAACAGUGCCUUUAUCAGGGACAGACAUAAGGCCUGGGGAUGGCAGGGGAGAAGAAGGAGGUCAGGGUCGCAGAAGGAUGAAGAGACACAAGCACAAAAUAAGAUUCUCCUCGUCUGUCUCCCUGGCCCGCCCCUUUGCAAAACUGCUGAAUAUUCUGGGAGCUUCCACCCUGUGGGCCCACAGCUGCCCAUCAGCGGGUGGCAGAGAUGGGGGGAGGCUGAGGCUCCCAAGUGCCCCCUUUUCUCCCGGACCCUCACCAAGCCCCCAAGUGCUUGACCCGAGUCCUUUUGUUUGCAGACAAGCCUGUACAGAUGUGAUAGAGACACAGAUGGGAAUCCACAUGGAGUAUCAUCACAGGGGUCUUUCUGUCUCUUCCCCCCCAGUCUGGGGGUAAGUAGAGGCACGUGGGUGUGCGUGCAUGUGUUCAACAGGACACGUGUGUUUGCGUGAGGGGGUGGGGCUCUCUGUCUUUUUGGAAGGGAGGUUGCUGUGGUUUCCGGUACACCCUUGCGACCCUCUCAGGUAGCUAGGGUCGAAGCCGGCUGGCCCGCCGUCCUCCCAUCAUCCCAACUGCUACAAGCCAAAUCCCGGGAACGCUUCUGGUUCCUCCUGCAGGCUCCUCCCCAGCCCUGAACCUGGGCCGCCAGGACACACCUGGCAGAGGGAGGCAUGUGCUGCAUGUGCUGGACCAGGGGCAAAGCAGGAGGGAAGGUGGACAGCCUUGGGCCUCAGGCCUUGGCCACAGCCUCGGACACACCCUGGGCUGUGAGCUCUGCCAGCACGUUGUCUAGGUAGCUAGCGUCUGGGUAGCCGUGGCCCGUGAGGUUGGAUCCAAACUCGGUCUUGUGGUGGAUCUCGUUCCACACCACGGUGUCCGACUCGCCCGUGGUGUUGGAUGUGCCGAUGGUGAAGAUAAGUCUCCGCUCCCAGGCGGUGAUGAGCAGCCUCAGCACCUGGAGGGCGAGGCAGGCAAGGGUCACAGCCAGCCCCACCCACAGCCUGAGUCCCUCCCUGACCACACUGUGGCUCCCCUGCAGGAUUCCCUGUGGCUGCCCGGCUUGGCCACUUCCUUCCCUAGACUGGCUCCCACUCUGAGCUCCCUCAGUAAAAGCACUUUCCAUGUUA